AGCUGUACACUUCUGCAAACCAGUCACGCAGGACACAUCUUAGAGAAUGCAAUUGUGUCACCACAGUUCACACCAAGAUACUGCACAGAUUUUUCAUUUGACUUUUGCCAUCCUGCCACUAUGUGCCUUCUGAUUGCUCUGCUAAUUAGCUUCACUGGUUCCGCCUCCAGUGUUCAGUUUCUGGCUCCAAUCAACAUGGGUGGAGUUUUAGGUCAGGUGCAAUUUGACUCAACGUCACAGACUGCCGCUGUCAACGUCACUGGUGCUGGAUCAUGCGGUACCAUCAACCUUUCCCUCACUGAGUUUCCCGUCAUGUACGGCCACUUUGUUGAUCCGUGCUCAGAGGCAAACAUUGGCUCUAGUGUUUUCACAUUCACUGCCAAUGCCACGUCAGCGGCCAGCUUCAGUGUGUCAAGUCUAUUUGAUCAGCGCUCAAACCUGGAUGAUCUAUCGCUGACUUUGCAGACCUGCGACAACCGUCGUGUGUGCACAGUUGUAAGUCGCAGUCAAACAGUCUUGACAAGUCAGGCUCGGUUCACUGGAGGGAUUGCAGGUAAUGUUUACAUUCGUCGAAACGCUCAACUAAGCAACUCAAGGCUCCUACUAGAUCUUGUUACGAUCGGUCAAGUCAAUGCAUCCUCGACCAACAUGACACUCUUUGGCUCAGUAAGCUCAACUGCAAGCUGCGAUGUUCUUCUUGGUAGUUUAGAUGAAUCAGCUUUAACAAAUCUGAGUGUCGUCGAGAUUGGAACUCCCUUGCAACCUAGGAAAUCUCGCCUGGACUUAAGUGACUAUGAUGACAACACAGCGUUUCUCAUCCUUCGCCAAGCUUCAACCUUCAUAUGUGCUCAAAUCUAUAAUGUACCAGAGAAACAAGUGAGUGCCCAACUUGAUAUGAAAGGAAUACAUGGAUACAUGCGCUUCCGUCAAGCUUCCCCUUUUGAUCAGACAGAGGUGAAGAUCAGCCUGAGUAACUUGCGGAGCAGGGUGGGUCCUUUUCAUGUCCACAAUUUUCCUGUUCCUUCAGGCAGGUCAUCUUCUUCUAACCUGUGCUCCAAUGACAAUUUGGGCCCCCAUUGGAAUCCAUUUGGUGUCAACGUAACAGCCCCGACAUACCCCAGUGGACCUGGAUCGACACAUGACCUUUACGAGGUUGGAGACCUCAGUUCCAAGCAUAUGUCCCUCGCAACUAUAAAUGAAGUGAAUAUGACAUUUAAAGACUUCAACCUGCCUCUUUUUGGACAUAAUAGUAUUGUUGGCCGAUCCAUUCUGAUUCACCUAACAGAUGGUUCCAGGUAUGUUUGCGCCAGCAUUGGCUAUCCCGGUGAGGUCAUUGUAGCCAGAGCUACUUUUAGGAGCCCAUUGGUUGGUGAAAUGUGGCUCACCCAGCUGAAGGACCACCCCCUCUCUGAUGUAUCCAACUUUUUGAUUUUGUCAUAUGGAAACCCCACAAUGGCCUCAACCAUAAACCAUAACUGGCAUAUCCAUGUGUACCCCAUCAGCUCAGAGCGAGACGAUGAUGAGACACGCUGCAGCACAGCAGGUGGUCAUUGGAACCCUUAUAAUGUUGACACACAAGAUAGCAGUUAUGGUCUCAACUGUGGCCCAUCCAAUCCGCUUUCCUGUGAAGUCGGCGACCUUUCCAAUAAAUACAGUACCCUCAACCUCAGUGCCACAGUUGACGGGGUCGAAGCGAAACAUUUCUUCACUGAUGUCACUUCGUGGUUGCAAGGCUCAGGCGCUAUUGGUCGUUCUCUGGUCAUCCAUCGGGCGGGAAGAGGAGGGCCAAGGAUUGCAUGCGCUAAUAUCACUAUGCUGCGUGUACCCAAAGCAAACCUAGGACCUUGGUUUGGCCCUGGCUCAUCUACUGGAAAUAUUCAGUUAAACCAAUCUGUCCCCAAUGGCCCCACAAAUAUAGCUGUGUCCUUGUCCAACUUGAAUGCCAUAGCCGGUGGCUACCACGUUCACAUUUUGCCCAUCAAACCAAACAGCACAGAACCAUGUUCCGCUGCAAAUAUUAGAGGACACUACAACCCGCUGUCUGUCAACAUCACACUGUCCCCUCCACCUGGAAAUGGCACUGUUGACCAAUAUGAGAUUGGCGAUCUCGGUGGAAAAUUUGGGCUGCUGACUGACUUGAAUGAAUCGCAGGAGAUGUAUGUCGACGCCAACUUACCACUAACUGGGCCCCACAGCGUCGUGGGAAGAUCUAUUGUGGUCCACUACAGCAGCAACGGAUCAAGACUGCAGUGUGCUGACAUAUCUGCGGAGAGAAAUACAGAUGGACAAUGGAUCCUUGCCAUGGCUGUGUUUAAUGGUCCUUUAAAUGGGACAGUCAGAAUGGUCCAGCAAAUGUUUCCUGAUGGAAGUAGCGGUGAUACCACCCUGGAGGUGAAUCUACUAUCUGCAACUCUGACCGAGGCGUCACUGUUCAUAUCAAAUAACCUUAUCGGCGCCACUGAUAACAGCCAGUGUAACAAUUAUCAGGGAACCUAUAACCCUUUCAACAUGACAUCAAUGAGUUCUAGCUGCUCUAUUGACUAUCCUUUGAGCUGUGUGGUUGGGGAGUUAUCUGGAAGACACGGUGCAGUCAGCCUGAGGGAGAGACAGCUCUACACUGACAGCAUUAUUCAACUUUCUGGGGAUCACACAGUGGUCAACAGAUCUUUAGUGCUGAAGGAUGGUGAGGACAUCAUUGCAUGCGCUGACAUUUUCCCAGAAUCUCCCUUUGCAGACCAGACCUUCCCCAGAGUUACAAACUUCAGCAGAUAUCAAUUCCGCAGUCGUGUUGCUACUGUCCUGCAAGUUGAAACGGCAAGAGUGACCAUUUUGGGUUCCUCUCCCAUGCCUGAUGCUGAAGGAAGAUGCCAGCGAGUAAGCUACAUGAUAUCAGGUAAUGUCAGUGACGAGCUUCUGAGAGCUGUCAAAACCAGUGAACAAAUGGGCAACUUCCGAGAGUCAGACGAAUGCGACCUCAGGAGUGCGGCCGGAGUCCUGGCACCCAAACACAUUGUCGUCGGCUUCUUAUUUGUUGUGGGACGUCUACUUCUGGCUACACUUUGAGUGUCAUAGGCCACUACCACACCACCGGGUUCAUCCACUGAAUGUAAUUGUACGAUGUUCAUUUUGUUUUCACUUGUCAAUUAUUUAACUGGUUCUUUUAUCAUGUUUAUGAUAAAAGAACCAGUUAAAUAAUCCACUGAAUGUGUUUAUGGAAUGAAGUAUGGCAUAGCAUCAUG